AUGAUAACAAAGCCAUGGUCAUCUGGAUUUAAUUUCCAAGAUGAAAUCCUUCGUGUAGUUCUUGUGUGGGUGAGAUUUCCCAAUCUCCCUUUAUGUUGUUGGGGGAGUGACUCCCUAAGUAGAAUUGGUAGCUUGAUUGGGGUGCCACUGUUUGCUAAUGAUUGCACCUCGAAGCAAUUAAGGAUCUCAUUUGCUAGACUCUUGAAUGAGGUUGAUGUAACUAAGGAUCUCCCUAAGGAAGUGCUGAUUCAGGACCACUCAGGAGUGACCAUCAAACAGAAGGUGGAGUAUGAUUGGCUCCCACCUUUUUGUAAAGCUUGUAACACUGUUGGCCAUGACUGUAGUGUUAAGAAGAGUGUUGGUGCACGUUUCCAACCUGCUCCCACUGGUCCAGCACAACAGAAAAUACAGAAAGUAUGGAGGCCUAAGAAAGUAGUUGAGAAAGAAGUAGUAGAACCCCCUACAACUGAGGUGGUGCAGGAAAUGGAAAUUCCAUCUAUAGCUGAUGAGGUGGUGCCUACUGGAGAUUUUUAUACUCCAAAAUCAGGUCACACAACUACUCUAGAUGAUGGUUGGAGAGUGGUUUCAAGGAGGAAAAGGGAGGCUAAAACUCAAAAUAUCUUUCUUGGCCUAGCCCAAGUUCAUGCAGCUGUUGCAGAUAUUUCAGAGGAAGAGGGUGAAAGAGAGGGAGAGGGUGAGGAGUUUCCUCCAUGA